AUGAACAGAAAAAGUAUGGAGAACAAUGGGGAAAGCCAUAGCAGAAAUGGUAGUUUCAGGAUGGGGUUUGGGUUGGGUGCGAACGAGGCAAAAGUUCACACCGUGCUUGAGCUUGGUUCUGUUGAUACACACACUACUCUUCUUCUAGACGAUGGAGAUGUUGGUGAUGGUGAGGGUGAGGAGAGAGAGAAACAGCAAAAACCUCUCACCAACUCUCUCUCUCCUAGGCAGAUGAAGUCCCUAGUUGCUCUCUGCGACACCAUCAUACCUUCCGUCCACAACAACGUUGUUGGCUCCUCCGAUGAGUCUGUCGCCAACUUCUACAAGACUUCAGCUUCCAUGGCUGGAACACCUGAGCAUCUUGGGACAGUGAUAAGUGAGAAACUGAAGCACCCAAGUACAUGGCUGUUGCAAUUGACAUUGUGGCUAUUGUCUACAUGGUUUGGCACAUUGAUUCUGUGUGGCAUGGCGAGUCUCUCAACAAGCUUUCCCUUCUUCCAUAGCUACCCUGAAAUGUCUCUGUUCAAACGCCAAAGAGUUAUGCAGAACUGGUCUCUGAGUUACCUUCGUCCCCUUCGGAUGUUCUUCAGGACCAUCAAGCUUCUCACUCUCCUUGUCUUCUUCACUCAGGGUAGAGAGAUUCAGAGUGAAGGGCACAAAGGUGUUUCACCCAUAAUUGUACAUUUGAAUAGCAUGUGCAUUAUCCAAAUUAAUGUCCAAGUGGUGACUUACAGCUCGGACAUUCAAUCCAACCGUACCUUAGUGGAUGAAGCACAAGAAAACCCAUCAUGGAAGGCAAUUGGCUAUUGUGGACCUGAUCCAGAGUUCAAAGCACAGCUAAAAAACCACUUCUUAAAUAGAACCUCAAAGGAAGAAGAACAUGAAGAAAGAGAUGAUGAUACUGAAGAGGUCAGAGGCCCUCUUCACAAAGGUCUUGUUCAUUUAAAUUACCCCCGACACAUCAUUACAGAUUCCCUAAGACGAUUUGGAUUCUCUGUCUCUACAACUCCUAAAAAGAUCAAGGUUUCUAACCUGUCAUCACCUUCUUUAGUUAUCCAAUGUGAUGCAGUGGUUGUCGGUUCUGGCUCUGGGGGUGGGGUGGUAGCUGGAGUUCUAGCAAAUGCUGGUUAUAAAGUGCUGGUCUUGGAGAAAGGAAGCUAUUUUGCUAGGAACAAUCUUUCCCUUCUUGAAGGACCUAGCAUAGAUCAAAUGUACCUCUCCAAUGGUUUGGUUGCAACAACGGAUAUGUCUGUCUUAAUACUAGCAGGAUCCACUGUUGGUGGAGGGUCUGCAGUCAACUGGUCGGCCAGCAUUAAAACUCCUCAACAUGUAUGCAAGGAGUGGUGUGAUCGCCAUGAACUAGAACUGUUUGAAAGUAAGUUGUACAAAGAAGCCAUGGAUGCUGUGUGUGACAAAAUGGGAGUCCAAUCUGAGAUUGAAGAGGAAGGGUUCAACAAUGAAGUCCUGAGAAGAGGGUGUCUAGAAAUGGGAUAUCCUGUGUGCAACAUUCCUAGGAAUGCUUCGUCAAAUCACUACUGCGGUUGGUGCUGCAUGGGAUGUAAGGAUGGAAAGAAGAAGAGUACAUCAGAAACAUGGUUAGUGGACUUGGUGAAAUCAGGUAAUGGCGCUAUCAUUCCAAGUUGUGAGGCCAUACAAGUCUUGCACAAGAAAAAGAAAGGAAGUGAUAGAAACAUAGCCCGUGGAGUGGCUUUUGCAAUUGAAUACAAGGGAAAAAAAGACAUUGGUGUUGUGGAGUCCAAGGUCACAAUUGUAGCCUGUGGAGCACUCAGUACUCCAGCAUUGCUUAAGAGAAGUGGCUUGAAGAAUGAGAACAUAGGAAGAAACUUGCACCUUCAUCCAGUGGCAAUGGCCUGGGGAUACUUCCCCGAUUCAUCUUCACCUGAUACGUGGCCAGAGAAACAUAAGAAGAGCUAUGAAGGAGGGAUUAUGACAGCAAUGUCCACAGUUGCUGCACAGUUUGACAAAUCUGGAUAUGGUGCAGUGGUCCAAACACCAGCAUUGCAUCCUGGUAUGUUCUCCAUUCUAAUGCCAUGGACCUCUGGCAAAGAUAUGAAAGAUCGAAUGCUCAAAUUUUCAAGAACAGCUCAUGUAUUUGCUCUGGCAAGAGAUCAAGGAUCAGGAACAGUGAAUUCACCCUCCCUUAUAAGUUAUCAGUUGAAAGAUGUGGACAAAGAUAAUUUAAAUAUAGGAAUUGAGAAGGUGCUGAGAAUUCUUGCAGCAGCUGGAGCUGAAGAAAUUGGGACCCAUAAUAACAAGGGAAGGAGCAUAAAUGUUAAGCAGGUGAGCUAUCAUGAGUUUGAGAAAUUUGUGAAAGAAGAAAGUUCAGUGUCUUUAACAGACCUUGCAACACCAUUGUGUUCAGCACAUCAGAUGGGAAGUUGUAAGAUGGGUACUAAUCCAAGUGACUCAGUUGUGAACCAAAUGGGAGAGACAUGGGAGGUGGAGGGCCUUUUUUUGGCAGACACAAGUGUCUUUCCCACAGCUUUGGGGGUGAAUCCAAUGGUCACUGUUCAGGCUAUUGCUUACUGCACAGCACAAUCUGUUGUUGAAGUUCUUAGAAGGAAAAUAAAGUGA